CAAAGAUUUUUCUUUUAUCAACUGAAGAGAAAAAAGAAAAAAAAUCCCAAAAUCCCACCAAUUUUUCAAUGAAUUUUCAAAUAAAACCCUAAAAAUUCUCUGAUUCAUCAAAUCAUCAUCAAUGGCGUUUACUAGGACUAGUGUAGCAUCAUCACCAAAUUCAUUUCAGCUUAGAUUAAUCCAAUGUAGAAAACAAUCCUCUUUUACUUCUCCUUCACAGUUGUUGUUUUUCCGUACACAUUCAAGAAGAAGAUAUCAUCAUCACAGAAUUAGGUUAUGUGUUGCUUCUUCUUCUUCUUCGUCUUCUUCAACUGGGAAAACAGGCGAAGAGAGUAAAGAUGAAAAGAAUCCGGGGAAUUCAUGGAUGGAGAAUUCGCCAUCUGGUUGGUUUGGUGGCGUUGAUUCUAGUGAGAAUGGUGAUAGUUCAGAGCCCAAGAGGAAUUAUGGAGGGUUUGUGAAAGCAGGAGUAGCCGGAGUGGUUCUUGCUGCCGGGGUGGCAUUUGCAUCUGUUUUGCUAAACAAGAGGAAUGCUCCUGGACCAAAACAGCAGAUACAGAUGGAACCUGUAACGACGCAGAACGAAUUGUUGCUGGCUUCAGAUGAUCAAACUGAUAAAGUUGAACAGGUUACAGUCGACGAGAGUUUGGUGAGGACAGAUGAAGGAGACUUGCAGAAUCACGACCUUGAAGACAAGACAGGUACAUACAAGGUUUCUUCUACAUCUCCAGAAAUUACAGAUGACAUUUCUGAAAGCAAACCUAAUGACAGUAAGGUUCCAGAGACCUCAUUGAUAACAGCUGUCGAACCUGCCUCCACUGAUGUUGAUGCCAAUAGUUCUUCUAGCCAAGAAGAUUUGAAAUCCAAAUCGGAUUUCAAUGAUAUCUCAGUAGAAACUAACACCUCUGAUUCAGAUCCAAGCUUAAGUGAGUAUCCUGGAUCCCCUGUUGACUCAAAAGGUUCAGGGGACCCCAUUGAUACUGGCUCACGUGAAUUACUUACUGAACCCAAAGAGAGCCCUUCCAACCUUUCUAGUCCAGCUAUUCCUGAAUCUAAUUCUACAAAUCUUGAAACGGACCAGCAAGAGGGGACUUCUGACUCGAUCCAAAUAAAAAAUUCUGAGCUUCCUCUAGAUUUUUCCUCUGGUUUUGAUGGUCAAACCUCCAGUGAUCCUCUACCUUUAGACAGCUUAGUCAAUCCAGAGUCGGUUCAGAAUCUAGAUUCCGAUGCUAAGUCAAAGAAUAUUAUGGAGACUGUGUCCCCUACUUCAGCUGGAGAAGAUUUGAACCUCAGCGAAACGUUGCAGAAACCAGGAGAAGAGAUCUCUCACUUAGAAAAGCUUAAUUUAAAUGAAAAUGAAUCGCCUUUGACCAACCCUACCUCAAUAUUAGCCGAUCCAUUUCCCAAAGAACCAGAUACUAGUAACGAGCUUGAAAAAAGUGGCUCAUUUUCUCAGCUGCCACUGCCUGAGAAUUCAUUCUCUUCUGCUGGUAUACCUGCUCCAUCUUUGGUUUCUGCAGCUCUACAGGUUCCUCCUGGAAAGGUUUUGGUUCCUGCAGUUGUUGACCAAGUUCAGGGGCAGGCGCUGGCGGCAUUGCAAGUUUUGAAGGUUAUCGAGCCUGAUGUCCAAUAUAUUGAUUUAUGUACACGUCGUCAAUAUGCCAGAUGGUUGGUUUCUUCAAGCAAUCUUCUUUCGAGGAAUUCAGUUUCAAAAGUGUAUCCAGCAAUGUACAUAGAGAAUGUCACAGAUCUUGCAUUUGACGAUAUUGCACCUGAAGACCCUGACUUUGCAUCUAUUCAAGGAUUGGCAGAAGCUGGACUUAUUGCAAGCAAGUUAUCCAGAGGUGAUAUGCUAGAUUCUUCAGAUGGAGAGCAGGAUCCUUUUAAUUUCUCUCCUGAAAGCCCUCUAUCUCGCCAGGAUCUUGUGAGUUGGAAAAUGGCCCUCGACAAAAGGCAGUUGCCAGAAGUGGAGAGAAAGAUGAUGAAUCAACUUUGUGGCUUUAUAGACAUUGAUAAAAUCAAUCCAGAUGCAUGGCCUGCACUAGUAGCUGAUAUUUCUGCCGGAGAUCAAGGAAUUAUAGCACUAGCCUUUGGUUAUACAAGAUUGUUCCAGCCAGAUAAACCAGUCACAAAUGCUCAAGCUGCUAUCGCUCUAGCAACUGGUGAUGCUGCUGACAUUGUCAGUGAGGAGCUUGCACGUAUUGAAGCCGAGUCGAUGGCUGAAGCUGCUGUUGCAGCUCAUAGUGCUUUAGUAGCUAAAGUCGAGAAGGAUGUCAAUGCAAACUUCAGGAAAGAGCUUGCGAUGGAGAAGGAAAAAGUGGAUGCCAUUGAGAAAGCGGCUGAAGAGGCAAAGUUGGAAUUGGAAAAACUAAGAGCUGAGAGAGAGGACCAAGAUAAUGUCUUGAAGAGGAGUCGUGCUGCUGUUGAAUCAGAAAUGGAAGUUCUCACAAGGUUAAGGUGUGAGUUAGAAGAGCAAUUACAGAGCCUUAUAAGUGACAGAACGGAAAUAACAUUUGAAAGGGAAAGAAUUAACAAGCUCCGGCAAGAAGCCGAGAGUGAAAACCAGGCUAUUACUAAGUUACAGUAUGAUCUGGAGGUUGAACGGAAGGCAUUAUCUAUGGCCAGGUCUUGGGCCGAGGAAGAAGCAAAGAGAGCAAGAGAACAUGGUAAAGCUUUAGAGGAAGCAAGAGACCGCUGGAAGAAACACGGAAUACAAGUUGUAGUAGACAGUGACCUUCAAGAUGAUGAAUCAGCUGGAGUUACAUGGACCAAUGCAGGAAAAGAAUCAACCAUUGAUGAAACUGUAAACAGAGCUGAGACUUUAGUUGACAAGUUGAAGGGAAUGGCAGAGAAUAUAAAAGGAAAAUCCAAAGCUGUAAUUGAGCAGAUAAUCCUAAAAAUCAACUCCAUAAUAAUGAUUUUGAAGGAGAAGGCCAGUUGUGCUGCAAAGCGGGUUAAGGAAUUCCAAAGCAUUGCUACUUCGAAGGCAAGUGAAUCAAUACAAGAGUUACAGUCGAGUGCAAAUGGAUAUAGUGCGGCGAUCAAGGACGGUGCGACAAGGAUAGCUGGAGAAUGCAAGGAAGGAGUAGAGAAAAUUACGCAGAAGUUUAAGAGUACGUGAAACCUUAAUAUUUCGUUUUCCUUGUUCAUGUACCCAAUAAUUUUGUCUGUAAGAGUUAAAAAGAAUGUAGUAGUGUUGUAGGAAUUUUGCAACUUCUCCAUGAGAGUGAAAAGGAUCACUUAUAUACUAGUUUCCUCCUGUUAAGAAACUUGAAUAAUCAAAUUCUUACUCUUAUACAACUUCGAUUAAAAUUUAUAUCUCC